AGAAAUGUUUGGAUAGGUGGUGCAUAAAUUCCAAAGAAACUAAAAUCAUCUGUUAAGCAAAUACCUAAGAGCUGGAAAUAGGUAAAUAAAUAAAUGGGAUGUAGAUCAAAUCCUUUUGAGAAUACAUUGACUAUCCUUGAAGACCCUGCUCAUCAUAGAAAACUAUAUCUUAUUGGAUCAACACAUGCCUCUACUAUGUUGGCCUACAGAACAUAAAAAUUGAUUAAUGAAGUCAAACCUGAUAGUGUCUAUGUGCAAACAAACCAAGAAUGGUGGAAUAUUGUUAAAAAUAUUGAGGGAGUCACAUCUCAAUCUGAAUUGAAUGUCUAUAAUGAUGUAUUAAGAGGGGCUUAUAAAUGGGAAUUAGAAUCUGGAGUCAGGAAUUUCAGAAACACAGUCUUUUGGGCAAGACUCUACUCAUGGUUAGGUUUAAUGUAAUUUUUGAAAGGUAAUUAAUAUCUAUUAAUAUUUAAUUUUAGCAUUUAACAGUGAUUUCCAUCCAUUCAUUCCAGGCUUAGAAGUCAAGUAUGCUAUUGAAUAGGCUCGUGCUCAAGGUGCCAAUGUUGUUUUUGGUGGUUUGGCAAUCACUAAUGAUGACCUAUUGUCAUUGAAAGUACUCUCCGUUAUAUCCUCUUUAGACCGAACCAAGAUUUGAUCCUCUCAGUGUUUCUUUGAACUUCCUCAAACUCCUCAGUCAAAUCAGAUGGAGAAGAGAGAGAUAGGAUUUGGCCUUUUAAUUGGCAGUUCUUGGUGGAGAACAAUUCGCUGAAUCAGUAGAUAAAUUCAGAGCCUCUUGGUUUGUUAAGCUUUUCGAGAAACUGAGUCCUCAUUAGAAGAAAAUCUUGGUGGACAGAAAGGAUAUUGAAAUUUUUGAAACUCUUUAUAAACAUACUCCAGGAAAAACCAUCGUGGCAGUUGUUAAUCAAUGGCAUACUAUGGGGAUUGAGGCUCAUUGGAGACACACUACUAAGACUUAGAUCAACACUGAGCCCAUUAAUCCCAUUGGAGAUUUGGAUUUGGAAGCCCUCAAUGAGGAUUUGGUGGUCAACGACUUCUUGAGACAAUUUACUUCAANGUACAAAUCCUGGAACAUUUUUUAUGGAUGUUGA